AUGAGAUCUCUCGUCGACGAGUUUGGUCUGCGCCAGGUCAGUUCGUCGCAUUCGGUGCGCGACGUACUGCUCCUGUUCGCCUCGCGCUUCGUGCGCAUGCUCGCCUUUGGGGCCGUGUCCCCCAUCCUGGUGCUACACCUGCGACUAAUCGGAUUGUCUGAUACACGGGUCGGAUCUUUCCUCUCUUUGACGCUAUUGGGGGAUGUGCUCUUGUCGCUCGUCGUGACGUGGACCGCCGAUACGCUGGGUCGGAGGCGGGUGCUCGCGCUCGGCGCCUUCUUGAUGGCCGCCAGCGGUGUGAUAUUUCACUACUCCGGUUCGUACGUGCCUCUGCUCCUCGCUGCCAUUAUUGGAAUCAUAUCGCGUAAGCACCUCCUACGCCCGCUGUCUUUGUCUGCUCCUCGCAAGGUCCUUCCAAGCUGACACCGUCGCCUCUCCUCCGUCGGACGGCACGUGGGGCCCAACUUUGGCUCGCAGCCACGGGCAAUGAGGUCGGACCCUUCUCUGCGGUCGAGACAGGCAUGUUGUCACAACUCGUCGAACCAGAAGCCCGGGUCUACGUGUUGAUGUGGUACCAGGUGCGCCCAAACACCCCGAAUGAUUGUCGCUUAUUAAAGUACUUGUGGGAGACAAACCUGCGCCAACUGUAUUGACCGUCGCUGCCGCUGUGCUUCUACUACAGUUCUUGGGCUUUGUCGGCACCUCUGUUGGUAGCGUGUGCUCAGGAGCGUUGGUGACAUCCCUCGAGCGAUCCGGAAGGUCGCUCGUGACGGCAUACCGUGCGGUCUUCUACCUCUAUACGGCAACGGCGUUGCUCAAGAUUUUGCUCUCCCUCGCGCUGACGUCCUAUACCGAGGUGGACCACCCCCCUAUCACCGCCCGAUCAAGCACCUCGGCCGUCACAUCAACGAUCACGAGAGUCGCCGGGGAUGGCGCCACAGACCCGGAGAGGCAGCCCCUCCUCAGCGAGCAAGCUUCCCCUUCGGCCGUGGCGGCAGUUCUUGACUCACCCCCGCAAGCCGAGGCCAAAGGCCGACUUCUGAUUGUUCGACUUGCGUUGCUCUCGAUCCUCUUCUCCGUCGACUCUUUCGCUUCCUCCUUGGCUCCACUUUCAUUCACCUCGUACUACCUCAGGUUGGCCUACGACGCGCCAUUGUCGACAAUCACUUCGACAUUUUCGGCAGGCUCCAUGAUCGCUGGCUUCUCCCAGCUCGCUGCAGGGUCGAUCGCUCGACGACUGGGAAUCAUCUUGACCAUGGUAGGAACACACAGUAAGCUCGGAGUCCAGCUCAGAUCAAGGGAUACAUUUCCCGUACCAGCGCGGCAUUCACUAACCCGUGUCGCCUUGUCGACCCCAGUUCCUGCGCAGAUCUUGACGAUUGCACUUGCCUUCGCGCCAACGCUUCAAGGCGCGAUCGUGAUCUUCUUGGGUAGAGCAGCAACUGCCUCAAUGGAUGCUGGUGUUCGUGGUGCUUUCUUAUCAGCCAUCAUUCCCAAGGAUUCCCGCACUCGAUUCCUGGGCAGUGAGUCUCGGUCUUGCCGCGGUCGUCAUCGAUUCCAAGAAAAUGAGAGGCUUACCGGCUCUCCCGUACUUUUGACCUGUUUUGGCAAAAUUUACACCCCGCAGUCAUCAAUGUUUGCAAGACGCUUGCCUCGGCCCCGGGCCCGACUGUGUCGGGUCAUUUGGCUGCUCGAGGAGCGCAAGGUUUGCGUUGGAGCUUCGUCCUUUGCGGAGGCCUCAAAAUCCUAUGUAAGUACUGGUGGCCUUCCGAUUUGACUCGGCCGAAGAGGGGCUUCUGACAGCAAUCCGGCGACUUUAUCGGCACCAACAGACGACCUGGCGUUGCUGAUUAGCUUCCGGGCCUACAAGAUGGAGCAUUAG